AUGAAUGCUGUACCAGAGAAUGUUGACAUUAUAGUAAUAGGUUCUGGUAUGGCUGGACUUACUGUAGCUUCCAUAAUGGCACAAGAAGGCAAAAAAGUCUUAUUACUUGAACAGCAUGAUGUUAUUGGAGGUAAUACUCAUACUUUUAAAGAAAAAGGUUUUGACUUUGAAACUGGAUUGCAUUACAUUGGUGGUAGAAUUGGUAAGAAGACAUCGAAUUUAAGAAAACAUUUUGAUUGUAUAACGAAAAAUGGAGUUGAAUGGGAAAAAAUGGAUGAUAUAUAUGAUCUUGUAGUUAUACGUGAUGGGGAGAAUCGUGAACAAUAUCCAAUGUAUUCUGAUGUUAAGAUUCUUAAGAAGACACUGAUUUCUUCAUUUGUUGAGGAAGAAAAAGCGAUUCACGAAUAUUUCAAUAUGAUUAAGAAGGUUCGUAUUGGUAUAACAGUCUUAUUUUUACUAAAAUGUAUACCGUAUCAAAGGAUUCAGAAGAUAAUUCAUAAACUUGUUCAACCUUUUCUUUCAAUAUUUGAUGAAACAACAGAACAAGUUCUAUCUAAAUUAACUAAAAACAAAAAACUUAUUGGAAUUUUGACAUACUUAUAUGGCGAUUAUGUUGAAGUUCCAUCAAGAUCAUCGUUUGGAAUGCAAGCAUUAUUAUCUGACCACUAUAUGGGUGGUGGAUACUUUCCAAUUGGAGGUCCAUCGAUGUUCGCACGUACCAUUGUUCCAAUCAUCGAAAAAUCCAAAGGAAAAGCGUUCGUUCGUGCUCCAGUUUCAUCAAUUCUUAUAAAUGAAGAGAAUAAAGCUAUUGGAGUUGUAGUAAAAGGUCAUCGGAUCUUUUCAAGUAUUGUUGUUAGUGCUAUCAGUGCAACAAAAACCUACAAGUACCUUAUACCUCAAACUCAUCAAUGUUUGGUUCAAUCUCACUUGAAGAUUAUAGAAAGUCCUGAACUUGCCUCGGAAACUGGUUAUAUGUCAAUGUUCGUUGGUCUUCAAGGUGAUUCCGAUGAACUUGAUUUACCGAAGAGAAAUUUAUGGAUAUUUCCAUCAUGGAAUCAUGAUGAAAAUAUGACGAAAUUUCGUGAUGAUUACAGUGCAGAUUUUCCAGGUAUGUUCAUAUCUUUUGCAUCUGCAAAGGAUCCAACAUAUCACACAAGAUAUCCUAAGAAGAGUGUCGCAUCAAUUAUUACUCUUGGCAUUUAUGAGCAUGUUGAAGAUUUCAAAGAUGAAAAUGCAAAACAUCGUGGUGAUGCUUAUAAUCAACUGAAAGAUCAAUGGAAAGACAGAAUGUUAGAAAUAUUUUUAAAAGAAUUUCCGAAUUUAAAAGACAAAAUAGUUUAUAUUGAUAAUGGAACAGCAAUUACAAAUGAUUUUUAUCUUGGAACUUAUCAUGGAGCUACUUGUGGACUGGCGCAUACACCAGAGCGAUUUCGACAAGUGGAAAUUCUUUCACCAACAUCGCCAAUCAAGAAUCUUUAUCUCUCAGGACAGGAUAUACUCACCUGUGGAGUAUCGGCCGGUCUUAUGAGUGGAUUUAUGACAUCAUAUGUUAUUUCUCCUAGCUUGAUAUUUAAGUACCCAAAGCGCAUCUGA